UUGGAGGCGAGCACGAUGCAUUGUCCGUUUGAUGCACGGAUUCUCCUCGUUUUCGGCGCGAUCGCAUUCCUCGUGCUCCAGAUGCGUUUGUUUGCCACUCAGUCGGAUUAUGCCGAUCGCAUUGCCGCAGCUGUUGAGUCGGAGAAUCGAUGUAUCAGUCAGCUAAAGGCUCUGAUCGAUCAAAUAAGCUCACAGCAAGGAAGGAUUGUCUCUUUGGAAGAACAAAAUAAGCGCCUUGAUACGAAGGUUCUACAGCUCUCUACCAGAAUUGUCGACUUUGAAAAUCAGGAGACGUCGUCCCAUCUUACAAGCGCACAGCCUGUGGCAGCCGUGGUCGUGAUGGCAUGCAAUCGCGCAGACUAUUUGGAUCGAACAGUUCAAUCUAUUCUAAAAUACCACAACUCUGUGUCAGCCAAGUUCCCUCUUUUCAUCUCACAGGAUGGAACAGACCAGCAAGUUCGGCUGAAAGCUCGAAGUUUUCCGCAAUUUACUUAUAUGCAGCAUUUGGAUGAUGAGCCAAUACACACACAGAGUCCGGGAGAGAUAAUUGCCUACUAUAAGAUUGCGAGACAUUACAAGUGGGCACUGAGCCAGCUUUUUGAUAGACAUAGCUUCAGUCGAGUAAUUAUUCUGGAAGAUGACAUGGAGCUUGCACCCGACUUCUUUGACUACUUCGAAGCAACGGCUUCGUUACUGGAUAAAGACAGCUCUCUCAUUGCAGUUUCGUCUUGGAAUGAUAAUGGACAGCGGCAAUUUGUACAAGAUCCAGAGGCUUUGUACCGAUCGGAUUUCUUCCCGGGUCUAGGAUGGAUGCUUAAAAAGUCUCUCUGGACCGAGCUUGCGCCCAAGUGGCCAAAGGCGUACUGGGAUGAUUGGCUAAGGCUCAAUGAAACUCGUAAAGGACGACAAUUCAUUCGACCGGAAGUCUGUCGGACGUACAACUUUGGAGAGCAUGGAUCCAGUUUCGGACAGUUUUUCAGGCAGUACCUAGAAACGAUAAAGCUCAACGAUGUUCAGGUGAACUGGAAAGAAGAAGAUCUUACGUACCUCAUGGAUGAGAAUUAUAAGAAGCAUUUCGCUGAACUUGUCAGCAAGGCGGUGCCUGUUCCGGCGCUGGAAGCUGCAAAAGCUUAUAACAUAGACGGAGAUGUGCGAAUUGAGUACGAUAGUCAGAGAACGUUUGAGGCCAUUGCUCGUCAGUUUGGUAUAUUUCAGGAAUGGAAGGAUGGUGUGCCGAGAACUGCGUACAAAGGCGUAGUUGUUUUCAGGUGGCAGACUUCACGCUAUAUAUUCGUUAUCGGGCCUCAUUCUCUCAAGGACUUGGGCAUAAACUAGAGCUUAAGGUGGAUUCAAAUUUUGACUCCUUGUUUAUCAUAGCAGGCUACACUGUUGAAUUCGUGCCGACAAAAACAUGUGAGACGGCCAUCUCAGAUAAUCUUCGAGACGAGUGAAUUCUGAAGUUUCCUCGUGGCCAAUAUUCCUCCGCGUCUUCAAACUAACGAAUUUUUGCUGGUUCUUUUGACGAAAUAUACCAAGACAGGAACAUCCGGAGGACAGCAUACGGGUCUGGCAGGCACUUUUGACCAAAGAGCAGCUACUACGGACUCUCUUCUUUUGGAGAAAUCUUUGUCCUCGGCUUUGAUCAAUCUAAGCUCGGACUGUCCAAGGAGGAAUAUAAGGCUACCCCUUCUACAAGGACAGGGGGGAUAGAAGUUGCGACGUCAGGUGGUGGUAAAUACGUGCGCUGCCACCUUCUGCCUGGCAUCUGGUAGGCUGAAGAAGUCGCCACUGCAAAUUUCUCCAGAGCAACGAAGCGACGCUAUCAGCCAGAGGAUUACCUUGGUAACUUUCAUGGUUGGGGGAACGAAAGGCACUAGCACCAACCAGCUUUGAUAUUCUGCUUACAAGAUCUCUCCUUUUACAAGAUGGCAGGGACGACUUGAUGCAUCCGGCCAGUGCGGCAGCAGCAAAGCGAUGCUGCUCUUUGCUACGGCAAGACUGCUUCGCUGCCUUUUCUCUGGCACUGCUCCUCCCCCGUGGGUGAUUAGUAAGUUAGUAACAUGUUGCAGUCGAGAACCUCCCUUUCUCUCUCAUAUUUUUCUCCUGUUCAUGCAGGUUUUUUUCGUAUCCAAGUCUAGAUUCUUCUUUGCUCCAUCGAGUUUUACAGCCAGAUUACUUUCCACUCGCAAUUUAAAAGCUCAAUGAAAGACAUAGACCUUCCAAAUCGCUUCUCGGGACUAUUUCACGACCAGAUUGUCAGUUUGAGCACUGUGGCCAAACUAUAAACUUUGCGGAGGUGAGGCAUUUGCUGGCUUUGUCUCGUUGCUUACGAUUCCUACUUCCGGCCUCUCCUGUGAUCGAUCAAAACGAUUCAACGGCAAAGGCGGUGCGAUCUUUAAAGCCACGGCACAGAAAUUUAUACGCGAAACGAUUGCUUGC